GAACGCUUUUCAUCAUGGCAGACGUGGCAUUAGGAGUUUAAUGUAAAUUAAAAACAAUUCAAUCCUUUUGUCUCUUCCUUUGCUUCGACAAAAGAAAAUUGAAAAGAAAGAAAAACUUUAGAAAUGACAUUAUUUCAUGACUAUGUUCCGUUUAAAUGUCUCCUGUUGUUUCUUGUAUUAUAUAUACUAUCAACACAUGGAAUGAAAACAACAGAACGGAGAGAGUUGAGGGACCAAGUUAUUGAGAUGUUUAAUCAUGCAUACAAUUCUUAUAUGAAACAUGCCUAUCCUGCUGAUGAACUGAUGCCUCUCAGUUGCAAAGAGCGCUAUCGAGGUCAAGAAAAAUCACGAGGAGAUAUAGAUGAAUGCAUGGGCAAUUUCUCCCUAACCUUGAUAGACUCUCUGGAUUCACUGGCUAUACUUGGUCAGUUAGAAGAAUUUGAAAAUGCUGUUCAGCUGGUGAUCAAAAACACAAAGUUUGAUAAUGAUGUUGUUGUAUCUGUUUUUGAAACUAACAUUCGAGUUUUGGGUGGGCUGUUAGGAGGUCAUGUAGUUGCAAAUUUGUUGAAGAAAACACGAAAAGGUAUGCUUUGGUAUAACAACGAAUUGCUUGCAAUGGCACAUGAUGUAGGCAUACGUUUACUUCCUGCCUUCAAUACUACAACUGGGAUUCCUUAUCCAAAAGUAAAUUUGUUACACGGUAUUGAUGCUGAUCUUAGAAGCAGGCAUAAAGAUACUUGUACUGCUUGUGCUGGAACUAUGAUUCUGGAAUUUGCAGCUCUUAGCCGAUUGACUGGUGACUUUGUAUUUGAGGAGAAAGCACGUAAAGCAAUGGAUUAUCUUUGGCAACAGCGCCAUCGGGUCAGUGAUUUAGUUGGCACUGUAAUAAAUAUUCACAAUGGAGACUGGGUUCGUAGAGUUUAUAUAUAUCCUACACGACUAGGUGAAAAGCGCUUUAUUUAAUAUGUGACAUUAAGA